GGUAUUUCUGUGUUCCUGGAUAGGCACCUGCAUUUUAGGCAUUGCCAUUAAACCGUGUAAUGGCUGACAGAACAGAAUAACACAACAAGAAUAACAAAUGCGGGUUUGUUGUUGUCGGUUCUUAAUCCACCUCUCCCGUCUUAUUCAGCCGUCGUUGUACCUUGUGGUCCUCCUCGAGACACUUCAACACAGACCAGCUUCCCUUUCUUUCUUGUGUUGCCUUACUCGCGUCAUUUCUUUCCUCCUCUUUCUUAGCCCUCGCGCUACCCUCAGUCCUCCAACUACAACUACCGCCUCAAUACACACGUUUACCAUGGACGGCGUCGACUGCGACUGGUGCCUGGUGUGUGAAAAGCACACUGCGGAAGGCGAGACCUACUGCUCAGAGGAGUGUCGCUCCACCGACCUCAUGUCCUCGUCCGCCUCAUCAUCGUCGUCCUCUACCUCUUCCGCGGGGUCUGCUUACUUCAGUCUCUCGCCCUCGAACUCGCCCGCAACCUCCUCCCCUUCGUCCCUCGGCAGCACCAGCAGCAGCAACAGCUAUACCCUGCCACCCUUUGUUCGCAAGCAGCGGACAAGUAUACCCAAUAUCUAUGCACAGUGCACCUCCAAUCCAAAUCCACCACCCUCGCUCAUGUUCAUCGCCGGCGGAAACACUGCCUCAGCACUCACGCACCAUCUUUCGAUGCAGCAGCAGCAGCAGCAGCAGCAGCAGCAACAGCAACAGCAACAGCAACAGCAACAGCAGAAUCAGCUCUACAACGAGAAGACCGACAACAACCUUCCUUCAACAGCAUAUCCAUUGUUUUAUGCCACGCUAAAUGCCCUGCGACCCAUCUCGCCUUCAGGUCCCCAUCAGUAGCCCUGGCAUAAGUGACGCCUGGAUCCGAACCGAACGAUCACUUCUUUACCAGAGUCGAUGCAGUUACUCACAAAAAGCAGAUACAGAACCAAGAACAGACGAUGCGAGGGGUUUUCCCUCGUAGCUCCCUUUCGUUGUCCACCUUAUCUUUUCCUCAUUUGUCCUACCAUGCGUUCGAAUGCGCAUUUGGCACCUUUUUUUUAUACCUUUACGGAGACGAGCGGGAUCAACCAACCAUCAGCACAGCUGGUACCACAUCGACAUGUCAGAACAGACACAGUGACAUUCCCGCCCGAGACGUUAUUUUACUCCCGUAUCUGAAGAG